AUGAAGGUGUUUUAUCGAGAAAGACUCAAUGGGUAUUAUGGAGUUUCAGUGUUCAUCGUAUCCAACUUCCUCUCUUCAUUCCCAUUCUUGGCUGUAGUUACUCUUACCAAGAGCCUCAUGAUGGUUGUAGCUUCUCUGGUUCCCAAUUUCCUGAUGGGCAUAAUUACAGGAGCUGGAAUCAUGGGAAUCCUGAUGAUGACCUCUGGAUUCUUCCGCUUGCUGCCGGAUCUUCCCAAGCCAUUCUGGCGCUACCCAGUUUCAUAUCUCAGUUAUGGCUCAUGGGGAAUACAGGGCGCCUAUAAGAAUGAUUUUAUUGGCCUUGAGUUUGAUCCAAUGAUACCUGGUGAUCAAAAACUGACGGGUGACUUUAUCAUCCAACAUAUGUUUGGGAUACCAAUAGACCACUCCAAGUGGUGGGACUUGGCUGCUAUUGUAGCGAUUCUUGUGUCGUACCGGGUUCUCUUUUUCGUAAUUCUCAAGUUCAAGGAGAACGCAUUGCCGUUGUUUCAGACACUCUACGCAAAGAGAACACUACAACAGCUUGACAAGAGGCCUUCCUUCAGGAAAGUACCCUCUAUUAGUUCCAAGAGGCACCAACCUCUCCACUCACUGUCUUCUCAAGAGGGCCUUAACUCUCCACUGCAGUAG